AUGUGGUGGACAGGCACCACCCCACCCACCGAGGCGCCACCACGCUUCACGUGGUUCUCCACGCGGGCCGCCCGUUUUAGCACCACAACCACCACAACCACGGUGCCGUUAUUAGUGGAAAAUAAUGUGUUCGACCCGCAAGAGGUCGACCGAGACUAUGAGGAUUUCCCGAAACCGAUUGCCGCGCCCGAAAUUAUCGUGAAGAAAGAGGUGGAGAUGGAGCAGACGAUGGUUGACCCUGCAGAGCCUGUUGAUCUAAACAAAGGAAGUGGAAGCUUUGUGGAUUCUGACGCACAAAUGAGCCUUGGGCAAGUGCCGGAAGAAGCCCACAACUUCCCGGAACCCAUUGAGCUUCAGCCAAGCUACCCCGAGGGGCCAAAAUCCUCUUUGACCAAGGUGUUCAUCCCAGGGCCCCGCGGAAAAGGGGCGCGCACAUGCUGCUCUUGCUGUGGACGGCCAGGGAACAAGAUUCUUCAAUACCCGCCGCAGAGUGCCGCCCUUCAGAUGCCCCAACCCGGCUUAUUCGCGCAACAAGACCAAGCCGCCUACCCCCAGUCACAGGGCUGCGGCUGCCAACCCGUCAACUGUUGCCCACCUCCUCAACCCUGCUGCAUGCCACAAGUUCCCACGUGCUGCGCCCCUCCUCCCCCGCCACCGCAGCCCUGCUGCGCUCCACAACCCCAGAUUUGCUGCCAGCCCGCCCCGCCUAUCACCCCUUGCUGCCCACAGCCAAUAAUCCCUCCUUGCCAGCGCGCCUGCCCGGCUUGCCCAUGUCGCCGUCGCAUGGCCCUUUCGAUUAGAAGAUUAAAAAGACAAUCCCUCUUCGGCUCGUGCCAACAAUGCUCGGCUUCUGGCGAGCCCUACAGACGCGCAUUCUCGUUCCCAUUCCGCGCCAAGCGCUCGCCAGCCGAUGAUGUGUUGAAAUUCUUUGGCUUCGCACCGAAGAGCGAGAGCGCUUGCGGGCAAUGCAACGGAAGUGCUGGGCGGAUCGCGGGACGAAGGAAGAGACAGGCCGGUUGCUCGGAAACCUCAGCUUGCACUAGAAGAAAGCGCGAGGCUGAACAUGUCCGCGUGAAGCGCACGCUCUGCCGACCGUGCGGCGGUCGCAAAAAACGUUCCUUAACGCUCAACAUCCACCCAUUGAAGAACGAAUCUGGCUGCCGGGCCUGCAACAACCUUGGGCAAUUGUUUGCGCGGUCUAAGCGGGAUGCGAAUUGCCAACAAUGCGAUGCGAAUCAGCUACAACAAAAUUUCCGCGCCAAACGGUCACCAGAUUUUGGAUGCCCGUGCGCCAACGAGAAUUCACCGAACAUUGGCGCCAGCUUAUUCGGACGAUUCAGAAGAGAAAUCGGCCAAUGCGACACAACCUGCUGCGACUUUUCGGCUUGCCCCAACGAAGCGACAUUCGAACGAAAAUAC